AGGAGAAACUGGGAGAUAGCAUAAAUCUUUGGAGACAACUUGGCUGCAAGCAGCUAAACUGAAAUUAAUUUCUGCCUUUUGGCUGCAGAGUGCUAGUCUGACGUUCCUGUGUGAUACUCUGCAGACUAAAUCAUGCCAGCGUUAUCAACUGGAUCUGGAAGUGACACAGGUCUGUACGAGCUGCUGGCUGCAUUGCCAGCCCAGCUGCAGCCACAUGUGGACAGCCAGGAAGACCUGACCUUCCUCUGGGAUAUGUUUGGUGAAAAAAGCCUUCAUUCACUGGUGAAGAUUCAUGAAAAACUGCAUUACUAUGAAAAACAGAACCCAGUGCCCAUACUCCAUGGUGCAGCAGCCUUGGCAGAUGAUCUGGCUGAGGAGCUGCAGAGCAAGCCGCUGAGCAGUGAGAUCAGAGAACUGUUGAAACUCCUCUCAAAACCCAAUCUCAAGGCUUUGCUCUCCGUACAUGAUACUGUUGCGCAGAAGAACUACGAUCCUGUCUUGCCCCCCAUGCCUGAUGAUAUUGAUGAAGAAGAAGAUUCAGUUAAAAUAAUCAGGCUCGUCAAAAACAGGGAACCACUGGGGGCUACUAUCAAAAGGGAUGAACAUACUGGUGCAAUUGUGGUGGCCAGGAUAAUGCGUGGAGGAGCUGCAGACAGAAGUGGUCUUAUUCACGUUGGUGAUGAACUGAGGGAGGUCAAUGGGAUUCCUGUAGAUGAUAAAAAACCUGAAGAAAUAAUACACAUUUUGGCUCAGUCUCAAGGAGCAAUUACGUUUAAAAUUGUACCUAGUGUGAAGGAAGAAAUGCCAGUGAAGGAAGGCAAGAUGUUUAUCAGAGCCCUCUUUGACUAUGAUCCUAAUGAGGAUAAAGCAAUUCCUUGUAAAGAAGCUGGACUUGCUUUCAGAAAAGGAGAUAUCCUUCAGAUCAUGAGCCAGGAUGAUGCAACCUGGUGGCAGGCCAAACACGAAGGUGAUGCCAAUCCCAGAGCAGGCUUGAUCCCUUCAAAGCAUUUCCAGGAGAGGAGAUUUGCACUAAGAAGACCAGAAGUGCAGAUUCAGCCACUGAAAAUUUCCAACAGAAAAUCAUCUGGUUUUAGAAGAAGCUUUCGUCUUAGCAGAAAAGAUAAAAAAACAAACAAAUCUAUGUAUGAGUGCAAGAAGAGUGAUCAGUAUGAUACAGCAGAUAUCCCCACAUACGAAGAAGUUGCAAAAUAUAGACGACAACCUAAUGAGAAAUACAGGCUUGUCGUUUUGGUUGGUCCUGUAGGGGUUGGACUGAAUGAACUUAAACGGAAAUUGCUGAUCAGUGACACCCAGCAUUACGGGGUAACAGUGCCACACACUACCCGUCCAAGGAGAAGCCAAGAAAGUGACGGCGUUGAAUACAUUUUCAUUUCCAAGCACUUGUUUGAGACAGACGUACAGAAUAACAAGUUUAUCGAGUAUGGCGAGUACAAGAACAACUACUAUGGGACAAGUUUAGACUCUGUUCGAUCCGUUCUAGCUAAAAACAAAGUUUGUUUGUUGGAUGUGCAGCCCCAUACAGUGAAACACUUACGGACAUACGAGUUUAAACCAUUUGUUAUAUUUAUAAAGCCUCCAUCACUUGACCGUUUGAGAGAGACCAGAAAAAAUGCCAAGAUUAUUUCAAGUAAAGAUGAUAAGGGAACCGCAAAACCCUUUACAGAAGAAGAUUUUCAAGAAAUGAUCAAAUCUGCCCACGUGAUGGAGAGCCAAUAUGGCCACCUUUUCGAUAAGGUGAUCAUCAAUGAUGACCUCACUACGGCUUACAGUGAGCUUAAAACAACCUUUGACAGGUUGGAGACUGAGACCUUCUGGGUUCCUGUCAGCUGGCUGCAUUCAUAA